ACCCCUGAUAUUAGGGUUCUGAAAAAGUUAUUUUUAUCUAGUGCCAGAUAGCACCGGAAUUCUGAAAUCAGGUACGCCAGAGUAGGAUUAGCAGCAGGAUGGACUACUCUGAGAAGUCCUACGCAUGCCCCCCAAGAAAGAAACAAGAAGAUAAAAAGGUUGGUAAAUAACAAAGUCACGGCCACAAGUAGUUAAAACAUUAGAACAUAACUCUGACUUCUGCAUCCACCUUAUGAUUGUGACACCUAGUUCAUAAUGCUCAACAACAAGGGUGAGUUGGAUGGAUGCUAAUUCUAUUCGGUCAAGAUCUAUAUGAUACUAAUCGUUUUCCGGGAUUUAUGUCCCGAGAUAAGAUUGAAACUGUUUCAAGUAAUGGACAGAAAACCAACCAAACCUAACCCUAAUUACCUACCCGAACCGCAGUAGGAAUCUAGAAGACUAGGUUAUAUGGGUUGACUAGUUAAGCUUGGGUCCAAAACUUCUAGUCAAAAACCGUUUGUUGCUUCAGGUGCAGUCAUGAAUUUCUACACUAUGGGUAAAACUGAAGGAAAAGCAAAUCCAACAAUGGCUUGAUACACCAUUGGAGUGUUUUGAAAGUCUAACAGAUGCAAACAGCCACAUAACUUUGCCAAACAUAACCUCUAUCGAUUGGUAGCAUUCAAUAUUAGGAUGUGUGUGUGGUGCCUGUCAGGCAUCUAAACCACUCUCCAGAUGUGAGUGAAUUGAUUCCAACUCUACAGUAAAUAGUUAAAAUGAAGAGAAGAGAAUCAGGAGGGCACUAUAAUAGGGAUGUAUAUCUAUCUCAGCAGGACUUAUGUUGUCUUCCAAUGCAGAAGAAAAUCUGACUCCUACGAGUCAAACGUACCAGCUAAAAUGUCUGUAGACGAGAGUUUUUCAUGGUCUUCUACCCCUGGAUGGCUGUGAUGAGGCCACAAUGACAGCACUCACUUUUUAGCACCACCACCUUAUCACUCCUCAUCAAACUCACUAAAAUAUAGUAACUUUAGGAACUUUAAACCAUCGAUUCUUCCUGUCCACCCAAGUUAAAAAAUAUACACCUCUCAUAUCAUAUGUUCAGAUCAAUUGAACCAGGCCCCCCUUCUCCCUCUCUCUCUCUCUCUCUCUCUCUCUCUCUCAUGUGCAAGUAAACAUAUCUGUCUAGUUUCAUGGCAUUUUGUCCUAACCAUAAAUUGAAAAUUUUCUCGAUAGGUUAUAAAUGCAUAGCAAUAAUAUCUCCAUGCUUCUCAACACCAACACCAUCAUCACCACCAUUUCCACCGCCAACUUUCCAUACCCUUCCUUUUCUCCUCCUUUCUCCUCUCUUCCGUUCUCUUCCCUGCCCUGCAAGACUCUAAACUCCAUUCCGGAAGUCCUAAAUGCCGAUAAACUCUACGCACUACCAUCCCCCACAAGCUUGGUCCUGGGAGCCACCUAUGAACCCACGCCAUGACCAGCCCCAGCACUACUACCAGUAUGAGUACGAGAGAGAGCGCAUGUUUGAGAAGCCCCUCACCCCAAGUGAUGUGGGCAAGCUCAACAGGCUGGUCAUUCCCAAGCAGCAUGCCGAGAAGUACUUCCCCCUCGCCGGAGACUCGGGCGAGAAGGGCCUGCAUCUGAGCUUCGACGAUAUUGAGUCAGGCAAGUCAUGGCGGUUCCGCUACUCCUACUGGACCAGCAGCCAAAGCUAUGUGCUCACCAAGGGCUGGAGCCGCUUCGUCAGGGAGAAACGGCUCGACGUGGGCGACGUGGUCCUCUUCGAGCGCCUGCGGGACGGCGGCGACCGCCUCUACAUUGGUUGCAGGCGCCGCGGUGAUCCCGAAGCUACGCCGGCUCGCACCAUGGCCAGGCCCAAUGCUGCAGUACCCUGGAGUCCCGUGUACUGCACAGCAGCAGCCUCCAGUUCCUACUGGUACCUUAGCUCAGAGCAACAAGACUGUCUUCUUCAUGCAGGAGAUGGAUCAGUGGAGAAAGCAGCACCGGUUACCUCGAAGCGGCUGAGAUUAUUUGGCGUGAAUCUGGAAUGCGGGCCGAACUCGCCGGAGCCACAGCCGGUGCAACCAGAACCAUGCUUAACAGACCAGAGCCCCAGUGCCCCCAGCCCCCAACCAUAGCCGCGGGGGGGUACAAAUUGGAUGGGCUAGCUCUUCGAGGAAAGCUUAAAAGUAUUGGUGGAGGAGAUGAAAUGAGGAGAAAGAGAGAGAAAGAGAGGAGAUCUGACUUCUGAGUCCAUGUUCUCAAAUCCCACCAACCAAUCCCCUCCUCUCCCAAGUGACGUUCUGAUUGACUUGUGAGGGAACCACAGGAAGAGAUGGACGAGAAGAGAAUAGCUGGGAGAAAAAACAAAGGAGGGACGGAAGGAGGGAGGGAAGAAAUCCCUGGUUUUCCGGGCAAUCUCCGUUUUCUUUUCAUUUCCUCUCAGGAAAUCCACUGUACAGGGCCUGUCAAGGGAUGGGGUCAGGUCUCAGGAAACAUCAGCUUGGAAAGGAGUAGAUAUGUGUGGGGCCCAAUAACUUUGGCAGGGAGGGAAGCAUAGCCCAAUAACUUUGUUAACCUGUAAUCUUUUUGAAGGAAAAAAAAAUAAAAAGAAAUGUAAUGAGAUUUUUAUUCCAUUUUACUUUUCCUAGUUAUUCUGCUUCGUCAUCUGGUGAUCUCUGAUGGUGUCUGUGAAGUGAAUCGUGGUGUACUGGGGGUGGGUUCUGGUGCAUGGGUACAGUGAAGACCAUGAUAUGAAAGAAAUAUCAGGGGGGGGUGGGGGGGCAAGCAAGAAUGAAAGAAAAGACAUCUGGGGAUUUCGAUGUCCUUUGCUUUUAUUUCUAUACUUGUGGUUGGUCUCCUUUCUGUUUCUUGGGAAGAAAAGCCUAAUUUCGUGUGGCAAGUGGGCUCACACCCCCCAAAGGAUGUGAGAAAGUUGCUUUGGCUAAUGGCUUGGAGACAAGUUCAGACACAAUGGGCAACAGUUUUCAAGUAUAAUAAGCUGGAUUCUCAUUAGUUUAGACUUCAGAACCAAGCUCUGGAGACCUGUCUCCUCUGAACAUUCAGUAUUAUUGUCCACACUAAUAGCUAAGUUUCAAAGUUACACAGGGGAGACCUGUGGAAAUGGUACAUGGGGUAAAAGCUAUCGGCUAAUAGCUGUAAAGAGAAAGGUUUACUCAGUAAGACCAACAUGAGCCAUCAAAAAGAAAGGGCUACCUGGGUAGAAUAGAGUGAAAACUAUCAAGAUCUUUUACAAAGCCGACUAUUUAAGGACCAAGCUUUACAUGUGAGGUAGAUGCCUUUGGAAUAUUAAUUUGGGUCGUAACAGUGUGGCAGUACAGCUAAGAAGCUAAGAAAGAAACCAAAAGAUGGCUACCACCAUUUAGAAGGAGGCAAAUAGGAUUCAUCUCAAAGGAAUACAUAAGAAGGAUUGCAAGGAUCAUCAAGUUUGCGGGAUGAUUAAUGGAACCGGAUCAACAGAAAGAUUUCCUGUCUGCUGAUAAAACAAUGAUCCAUGUGCUGCUAUAUUAAUUUAAUCUUGACAGUUAAACAUGUUAUCCAAAUGGCACGAAUCUAACACAUCAACACCUGAGCAUUCAUACUUUGAUUCAAAAAAUUAAGCAAACUAAUGCACAGACUACCAAGGAUCAUGUUCCCUGGCACUAAAUCCUGUCCUGCUGAAAUGAUUCACUAAAUGGCAAUAAUAACCACUAAUUCCCCAUGCAUCUCCAAAAGAGUAUCUCUUGCUACAAAUAAGAGUUCGGAUUUCAGACAAUGGAGUCAAAGGGAGAGUACCUGAGGUCAUGUUUGGAGGACAGAUAUGACUCUUGACACGAUGAAGAGCGCACGGUGAGGGAUCACAGCAAGAUAGACCUGCAUUUGAAGAUGAUGAUGUCUCAAAUGAUACACCCACCAAUCUCUGAAGCAACGAAUUCCCUGGGCCCUACGAACUGCUUAUUAUGAUAUGCCCCGUCCACAUCUUUUCUUCAAGAAGUCGCUGCCUUCAUCAACCCUACCUGCAAGCAUGGUCCACCAAAAAUGGCUGACCCGAUGACAGGUCAUCUUUUUCUUCAGCAGACCUCAAAUGAGUUAUUCCACCUUUCCAUGUCCCUGCAUAGUUCUCCAGCCCAGUUUUUCCUAUUUCACAGCGCAUUCUGAGAAACAAAUUUAGCAGCAGAGAAAGUGGACCAUGAAGUAAAGCCUGAGAUUAAUUACUAGCAGACAGUGAAAGCUGAGAGAAAUUCUUCAUUUUGGUUUAGCCUAAUGCAUGAAAUAUAUUAAUGGAACAAAAAGAUCCCAUAAUCCCAGAUGAUGAUCAUAAGUACCCAUAGCAUCUGUGUAAUUUCAUGUUACCAUUUAGACCAGUUGAGCUUAAAUCAUUGAAUUGAGAAAAUUCUGUUCCGUGGAGGGGGAGGUGCAAGCAACGGUGUCAUCCAUCUGUCCGCAUUUUAUUCAUGGCAUCACCUCCAGUUGCUCAUCAGCAAGCGGACAGCAGCGAGUAACAUGAGAAAAGGUGGAUGGUGGACCAUACGGCAUGAGUCACUGUCCAUGAAAUAGCAUGUUCAAUUUGAGCAGGUAGAAACUCAAGACCAGUGCUUGAUGUGGAUAGCAUUUUGGUGAUCGAGGAUGGAAACAAAUUGCAAUCAGCAUUUGGCGAUCAAGGAUGAAAACAAAUUGCAAUCAGCAUCCGUAUCAAUAGAGGCAGCAAAAAUCAAGAUUAAUGACUGUUGAACACCUUGACUGGAACAAACAUGCCAACAUAUGGUUAAGAUUCAUGAGGAGAUUACACCUUAACAUUGAAAGCAGGCAAUAGAAUAGUUACAAAGAUCUUUUUCUUUUCCCGAAAAAAACCUCAUUGGCAUAACUUUAAAAUAAAUAAAUGAGCAAAAAAAUGAGACAUAGUGUGAAGCCGAACUUUCGUCGUUCAAGAUGAUCGCAUUCUUUAAUAAUAAAGCAUUACAGGGAAAUAGAGGACAGGAAAAGUAAUCAAAAUGUCAAACUAUCAGCCUACCAAUCCGCUUGUGUGAGAUUUUACUGUUGUUUUUAGGCCAAACUUUUGAUAAAGAUGAGGUAGCUAGACUUAUGGUCAACAGGGGCAAACUUGAGCACAGAUCAGGUCAGAUGUCCCUCAUCAUAGCAUGACAAACUUUGCUCUUUAUCUUGCUAGUGCAAGUGGCAGUUAGAAUCUUGCUCCCUUAUUCAGGUGCAAUGAAUUCUGCAAUUAAAACUGAAGAGCGGAAUGCUCAAUUGACAUGAUAUAUGAUAAUUCUAAUUAUUAUGAGAUAAACUUUUUCACUUCGUGCAUGACCAUCCAAAUAGCACAUCCAUGCUCCAUUUCCCAGUCUUCAGCAAUACUCAAUUAAAAAUCUCAUUAAGAACCCAUCUCUAAGUGUGCUUCAAUAUGGUUCCAGAGAAGCAUUAAUAAGGUCAGACAUCCUGAAAGCGGAGGCCACACCACCUACCUGUCAGCUGAAUGAUAACCUUAUCAACAGAAUAAUUUCGGCAUGGUCCAGCGACAGACAAAAGUAAUAUCAUCAAAAACAAAUGGUCAUUCUUCACACCUGAUUGUCCUGCAGGAACAUAACUUAUCAACAGAAUAAUUUUGGCAUGGUCCAGCGACAGACAAAAGUAAUAUCAUCAAAAACAAAUGGUCAUUCUUCACACCUGAUUAUCCUGCAGGAACAUAACUUAUCAACAGAAUAAUUUCGGCAUGGUCCAGCGACAGACAAAAGUAAUAUCAUCAAAAACAAAUGGUCAUUCUUCACACCUGAUUAUCCUGCAGGAACAUAACUUACCUAUAAAAUGGCGAGUUUGGCCAGUCUCUCACCGAUGCAUAAGACAAACCCAUCAGUGGAUGUGCUGAUCCAUAUAUCAGGACAAAAAGAUGAGGCAUGGUCAUGCACAUGGAGGAAGAUAUGAGUCGUAUGACAAAAUAAAAAAAAAUGAUACCAGAAUCUAGCUGAUAGUUCCCCAAAAAAGUGAAGUUUCCUUAUUACCGGAAGUCCCUGCAGGAACAAAUCCCAUCCCUGAAAUGAUGAAAUCGAUUAGCAUCCCUGACGCUCCCUAUCAGCAGUCCCUGAGGAUGUGAACUUUAUAUAAAAACUGCAGUCUCCACAGACUCUAGGAUUCUUGUUUAUCCUGAUUGGCAUCCCAGAAGGCAAGCUAAAGAGAUCGAAAGCAAGUGCCAACUUCUCAUUGUGGUGCUUCAACAGCUUUAUAAGAUCAUAUAUACUCAGCUUUCUAAGACAAACUCUGGUGUGGUUACUCUCUCCAACAACAGAAAUUUCAACUUUGCCCUUUUCUUCCAUCCAACUCUUCCUCGUCUCCUUUUUUGCACCAAUAUCUUUCAAAAGCAUGCUUGCCAUUGCAACGUCCCCCAUUUUAUAUUCACAACAUAUAUAUUUGAAAGCAAAACAUGAUUUCCCACAUUAUUGGUUCAAGCUCAAAAAGAUGCUUAGCCACAGUUUUAGGCAAUUUGAGAUUUCCAUGGAUCCUGUAUGAACUGAGCAGGGAUCCCCCCAUAGAGGCAGUAGCCUUAAAUGUCAUUCUUUGAAUCAAUUCCCGAGCUUCAUCAAUCUGACCAGCCUGACCAAGAAUGUCAACCAUGCAAGAAUAGUGGACAUUGGGUGCACCAAAAUUAUCUCAUCAACAGAUCCCAGUAAUGACAGCACUUUUCAACUAAACCGACAUGGCUGCAAACAGAGAGCACUGAGAUAUAACUUCAUUUAGGUGCAUCCCAUACUGCUGCAUUUUCUCAAAAAGUAUCAUGGCUUCACAGAAUCAAGCAUGCCUGGAACAACCAGCAAUCAUUGCAUACCACAAACAUGCCCUUGUCUUCCAUUUUGGCAAAAAGUAAGCCUCCUCUACAUGUUCACGCCGGGAGUAGACAUCAAUAAGAGCAGUGGCCAGAAAGGCAUCAAUAGUGGAUACUGUGUCAACUCCACUCCAAUCUGCUGUGCUUUACAGAAUAACCUCAAGGCCUUCUCAUGAAGAUCAUUUUGCACAUACCCUGCUACCAAUGAACUCCGUGUGACUGAUGAUUUUUUUUUUGGAAUUUUGUCAAAAACACAGAAUGCAUCAUUGAUCGUAUUACAUUUUGCAAAAAAAAAAAAAAAAAAA